CUUUUCCCACUAUAUCCAAGUGGUAAAAUUACUAAACCACCCCUCCGUCGACCGAUACAUAUUUAUCUCCGACCACUAACCGCCUUUCCCCAACUCACUCUCUCUUUCUAUCUCAUCACAAGUAUACGAACAAUGUCGGCGGGGGACCAAGCGGCGGUUGCGAUUGCGGCGCAGUUACUUCUAGCCGGCGACGGCGCAUGUCUAGGAUUAGCCCUUGGCUACGUCGCAGUCCGAAGCCUUACAAAAUUUGCCGCCACGUCGUCGGCGCUUCGGAAAAUUGGCGACGCGCCUUCCGUGCAAGUUUCCGAUCUACGGUUCUUAAUAAAGGAAGAUUCCGGUGGUGGAGAUGAAGGAGAGAGAAAUUCGGAGGUUUUAGUGGUUGUGCGAGGUUUGGUGGCGUCGAAAUCGGCGGUGAAAGGAAGUUGGAAGAGUUUGUGGCCUGAUGUACUUGUUUCUCACGAAUCUGGUGAUCGUGGUGUUGUUCUUCAGCGAUCUCAGAAGUGUAUAUACAAUGAAUGGAGAGGAUUUUUUGGAUGGUAUCCAGAUCUACGUGCAGUCUUGUCCAAAGCCUGGAGAGAACAGGGUACUACCUCCACUAGAACGGUCCCUUUUGUUCUUGUUGAUGGUCGUCAACAGACACAAUCUGAAUAUGUCGUGGUUGACUUGGAUGGUUCAAAUCAUCCACUACCUCUGACAACGAUCUACCAGCAUAUGCAACCAAUUGAAGCCUCUCCUUAUACUUUUCUUCAGGCACUUUUUGGGCAUGAAUACCCUGUUGGCGUGCUUGACGAAGAGAAAAUUCUUCCGCUGGGAAAGGAGGUCACAGCAGUUGGCAUCUGUUCUUCAAAAAGUGGGGCUCUUGAGAUAAAGUCAUGCAGAGAUCUUCCUUGCUUUCUGUCUGAGUUGUCCAAAGAUCAGAUAUUAGUUCAACUCUCUUUCAGGACGAAGAUCUUACUCUGGAGCGGUAUUUUUAUUGGUUCAGUGUCGAUCGGCAUACUUGGUUAUGCAAUUGUUAGGAACUGGAAUAAGUGGAAACAAUGGCGGGUGCAAAGGAGGGCAGAGCAACAAAACCAUCCCGCAGCUGCUGAAAGUGACAACAGCAGUCCCGAGUCUGAAGUUGAAGACGUUGAUGAAGAUGUGGGUGAUGUUCCUGAUGGACAGUUGUGUGUAAUCUGCCUUAUGAGGAGACGACGGUCUGCAUUUGUACCGUGUGGACACCUGGUUUGUUGUAGAAGGUGCGCGUUUUCUGUUGAAAGAGAUUUAGCACCGAAAUGUCCUGUUUGCCGGCAGUCUAUUCGUGGUUCUGUCAGGAUCUAUGAUGCUUGAUGUAUUCAACAGAUAUAUGUCCAUGUUUUAGAAGUAGCCUAACAGACAAGGAGAUGAAGCUUUUGUGAAUAUGUCUCAUUGCUGAAUAAACUGACAAAUAUUUAAGGAAAUGUUUGAAGGCUUCACUUCCUUUUUCUGUGUAUGAAGUAUGAACUCCACUGUUAUGUUUAUGAUGUUUAAGCAUCCUUGACGGUGGAGCAGGGUUUCACCAUGUA